AUGUUGAGUGCCCGAACGAGACUCGGGAGCUUUAGGGUUGUCGGAACUUGCUUCCGGAGGUUUAUCAAUUGUAAUGCGUGCGGUAUAGUUCUACAAGACAAGGAUCCCGCUAGAGCCGGCUUUUACAUCAAACCAAAGAGGCCGAUUGUGAAUAGGCUUGCGAAAUUGGAGGAUGUGAAGUAUCUGCUGUUUAGCCAGGAACUUCAGAAAGCAAAGGAUAGUGUUCCAGUGGGUUCAUUAGACGAGCUGAGAAAAUCGAAGUCGCACUCUUUGAGCUGCAAGCGAUGCAAUGAUGCAUUACACUCGAAUAGAUAUACCAAGGAGGGUUUUGCGAGAUUUAGCUUUGAUCAGGUGUUGGAAUUUGUGCCGAGGAACAGCAAUGUUGUUCACGUCGCAUCAUUACCGGAGUUUCCUUUCCAUCUGGUUAAAAAAGUGCUGCAGGAUGCCAAUUUCAAGUCAUCGCUUGUGCUAACAAAAGGAGACCAGCUUGUCAAGGAUAAGGCUACCUUGCAGAGGAAAGUAGAUCUCUUUUUCAGGGACUUUUUGAAAUACCAUUUGCGCAUUCCUACGAACAAAGUGAUUGCCACGUCUGCGAUUCGUAAAUGGAACAUACCGACGGUUUACGCGAAUCUUAGUUCAUCGAGCUACUUGCUGGGGAACGCGAAUGUGGGCAAGUCGACGUUGAUCAACGGCUUAUUGCAGAAGUUCCCAGGCAGCAAGAUGGACGGAGAGGGACUCGCGUCGACGCCAACGGAGACAGGUCAACUGGCGGGAGUUCUACAUAUACCGAAUAUGACAAGAAAUUUACAAGCAUUCAAAGUUGCUGACAAGGUGAUAAACGAUCUCCCUGGUUUUACGACAGACUUGAACGAAGUUGACUUAGAAGAUAUCAUUGAGCGAGAAUGGCUGGACAAGAUUCGGAAGACUGAUCAGUUCAAGGUCAGGAAGCUGAAAAAGAAGACAUAUAUCUCUCUCAGAGGGACCGAAAAUGGCGGUUGCUUAACUCUUGGUGGCAUUUUCUUUCUCGUGCCUCCGCCGGAGACUAUCAACCAGGUGGUUAAAUACAUACCCGGAGCCGUACAUCAGUUCGCCAACGUCGCAAAAGGCCUCGAGGUGUUCAAGUUGUGUAAGGAGUCCCCAGAUCAUGCUUUGGCAAAAUCCUGUGGUAUUAAACCAAACGUCUGUUCUAUCGAUGCGUACGCCAGGCACAUUAUUCCACCAUUUCAAGGUAGCAUUGAAAUUGUGUUCAAGGACAUCGGAUAUGUACUGCUGCGCUCUACCGGCAAGUAUAACUUUACGAAGCCUUACGAAAUCUGGGUUCCCAAAGGUAUAGACGUGUGUGUCAGAGAACCAUUGUCUUCUCUUAUCGAAGAGGGCUAUGAGAACAGCGUGGAGUCUCGCGGCAAAAAACCAGCAUGUCCUCGCAGCAGACCGCUGGUCAGUUCAACAUACAUAGUUCCACAGGAUGAGACCAACCCUUUGGAGAGGAUGAAAUUGAUGUAUUUACAGCGGACCGAAAGGGACCUAUCUUCCAGACGCCAUCACAACGUCAAUCCUUGGGAUGUGGUCAAGACAUUGCACGACGAGCCACCUAACUUGUACUGGCACUACAAAUGGUGA